CUGUUGCAGAGCAAUAUUCAGAUGAAAUAUCCACAUCCUUUUGUCAGGUGCAUAGAUUGCUGACUGCAAAAAUCAUGGCUGAAAUCGGACAGCCUAGAGCAGUCACAGCUGCCUUCGCGCCGCCUCCCCCGUUGUGGAAGCAUUUCACACCAGAAAACCUCAACAAGCUCGAGGAAUUCAAAAAGGAGGCUUCAAAGGGUGAAGAUGGGAAACCGCAGCGAAAGAAGUGGACUCCGGCCGAAUUGCGCGCUCUGGUUCUCCCACCAGAGCUAAGGUUUCUUGUCCCUCCCGAGAUUCCUACAUCUGGACAUUACAGUGUCUUUGGGGAACUGCAAAGCCUUUCAACCGCUCUACCUUCUUUAGAAGAACAAGGCAUCGAACAGCUUUAUCCCUCCCCUCCCACUACCGACGGUCGCGAAUCUCCGCAGAAGCCCUCUCGACCUUUAAACCACGCUUAUUAUCUUCUCAAGAUCAGCAAGUCUUUACUUCUGAACUUUCUUGAAUUUGUUGGCAUCUUGUCGAUCGCUCCCGAGCAGUUCCAGUCGAAGGUGGAGGACCUACGCAACCUGUUUAUCAACGCGCAUCAUCUUUUGAAUCUGUACCGGCCGCACCAAGCACGAGAAUCAUUGAUUAUGAUGAUGGAGGAACAACUUGACCGAGCAAGAGAGGACAUCCGACAAAUGGACAAGGUGAAGGCUGAGAUUGAAGGGGUUCUAGAACAGCUAAGGGCCGAAGGUCUCGACGCCGACGCUGCUGGCCAGGCCGUAUUCAAGGAGGCAUCUGAACAUGCAAGUCGAGGCGAAGAUGCUAUAGAAGAAUCUCGAUUGGUAUGGGAUCUCAUAGAGGAGAGCAAUUGAGCUUAGACAGAUCUGGGGAUAUCGCAUUUUCGAGAUUGCAUUUCUACGCAUAUGAGAUUGAUCGCAAAGCUCUCCUAUGCAUCGGUUCAGGUCUACGGAGUCAGCCUCGAGCAGUGGAAUCAGCGAGUCUCGCCAAGCAUAUCGCUCCUGGGGGGAGACAGCUAUGUUGGUCGAGUUGAUCUAAUACCGAAAACGGCAACGGAAUAUGUAUCCAUCCGUCCCAUCACGUGUUGCGCUAGUGACUCGCUUAAAACCGCUGGAAUUUUUUUUUCGAUCUCGAAAACAUUCUCAUUCUCCUGCGCUACUGAACUUGGCUCCUUGCGCUUCAUAUGGAUUAAUGAGACAUUCCAUAUCCAAUGGCCUUGUUCUGAGACAAGCAGAUCUCUGUCCACUGACGAUUUGUUUGUGGGCAACCUCGUCGGACAUCAUCGCCUUCAAUGCUAUAUAAGGCCAACACCAUCGUCGGACGGCUCUGCCGUAGUUAAUUGGUAAGUUCUACCCCGUUGCAAUUGUGUAUUAUGAUGAUUGAUGCUUUUUUUAUGUUUCAACCCCAUAUGAAACCACAAUAUGUGGUUCUUGAUUCUAUUGCGCAUCUACUAUCUGAAUACAAACCCACACAUUACUUUAUUGACUCGC